ACCAAAAUAAUUUUGGUACAAUUUGCGAAAGUUUAACAAGUAAAAAUCUUUCGGGUAUUCAUCCGUGCAAGCCACGCAACGAUUGCUGCCGCCAUGUCCUCGAGCGAUGGACCAUCGUCGUCGCAGGGGAUACACUUUCUCGAUCUUCCGGACUGUAUGAUAGAGCAAGUGUUCGAGUACCUCAGCUACGACGAAAUUGCAAAGAAGCGAAUUGUUUGCCGGAAGAUCGACCGUGUCUGCCAGUCGCUGUUGAACCGAGGCUUCAUGAAGAUGAUCAAGAGGCAUAAUGCCAAUCUAAAGGCCAUCAAGUCGCAACUUCCGCGGCGGGAAUCCGAGCGUAGGAACCAUCCAUUGGCUAAGCAUUCGGACAUUCUGACAUGCAUUGAGACGCGAAUUUCGAUGCUUUCAAUGACAUACUCAAAGUACAUUGAUAAGGACUUGUGCUGUUUCAUCCCGGGAAAAGUGAUUGAUGAAGUGUUCAACAUUCUUAAAUUGAUUGAGAGCACAUCGAAGCCCUUGAGGGCCCAUGAGGUUCUACAGGAAUUGCGGGACAUUUCAUCGAUGGCAAUUGAACACUUUGACGAGAACAUUGCCCACAGGCUGAAGCGCAUAAUGGGAGUGCACCAUCCGAGCGGAAGUCAUCUGCCUUUCUCGACUCCAGGGUUCAUCCAAAACGAGGUCGUACUCCCCUGUGAUGUGAAUGGAGAGAAGCUGAUUCUCCCCACACUGACUCCGAUUUCACCCCAUAAGGCUUCCCCACAGCAGCUUUACUGUCACCAAAGUUCCUCUUCGGCUUGCAGUGCGAGUCGUAUUAACAACGCAUCGAUCGCCAGGAUCACCAACAAGUCCCGGAAGAUGCGAUUGACCAUCAACAAACUGGUAGCGGCCAUGCAAAGUUCGAAAAAUCUCAUGAAACAAAUGCGGUCACAAAUUAUGCGCAAUUGUGCCGAAAUCAAAGAUCUCCGCAGGCGGCUGGAAGAAUCCGAAACCAAAAAUCGCGAACUGCUAGCGAACAUAAACCAGCUGGCGUUCGGUGUUCCGUCUAGUGCGGAACUGGGAUCCGGUGCAGCCUCCGAAGCGACACCCAAAGCCAGCAGUCGGGCGGCCAUGGUCAGCCGCAACAUAAAGCCCCGGUCGGCUACCAUCAUAUUGAAACGGGUUCUGGCCAACACGGAAAGUCUCGGAGUUUCGUCGUCCAUGGUUCCAUCGCCGGAUUACGACGAGCCGAUGCCGGGAAGCUCAAAGCGUACCAAAUAUAGCCAAGAUUAACACAAAAUGAUGUGCAAAAAUUUGCUCUCUCUUUGAGCGCUAUCAUUGUCGAUGAAUUUGAGAUACUUAACACAUAGGGAACUCAUUUUGUUUUUCGUUGUGCCGUUUCCAGUUGUGUUUAAAAGCUGCUCUCAAACCACUUUCCCCUGGUAGGUAUACAAUUGUUUGUCGUGUGAGAGAAAAAGCUUCGAUCAAACUCAUGCUCAUAGAGAAUCAUGUUCUACUUGUAACAUUUUUAUUGUGAUUUUAUAAAAAAAAAACUAUUUCUCUGAGUUCUAAAUUUAGAUUCAAGAUACCAUAUUCACCCCAAUAAAAUUGCCAUGCUAUUACUCGGACGUGGUAAAAGAGCGGCUUGAUUCUGUCGAAUGGAAAUCUUCCAUUAAUCAGGUGCAAAUGUAAGCAAAACAACAAUCAAGAAUUCAAGUUGUAUGAGCACAUCUGAUGGAAGGUUGAAAACUAGAAAUUUAGCCCUAUGCAAAUUUACUCAAUUACGAUUCGAUUUAAGAAAGGAUAUAAGAUAAUACUAAUCUAGUAGAUUAAGAGCUACUUAUCGGAAACUCAUCAGUCGGAGAAACUCAACCAACCCACACUCGCCCCCUCCUGAAUGUGCUAAUACAUAUAAUAAACUACAUACUACAUACCUAUCUGUAAACGCUAGUAACAAUUACUGAGUAAAAAAACUCAUGUCUAAGAAUUUCACCUAUGUUUUCGUUUUCCAAUCAUGCUGAAUGUUAUUUCACCACGUAGUAGGUACAUAGCAUUACGAAACACACGAAUACAAUUAAUAAAAUAAUCUCAGUAGGAA